AUGGAGGAAGGCGAAGGCGCCGGGCCGCUGAGGGAAAUGUGCAAUGUAUCAUCUUCCAGUACCAACUGUAUAGAACACUCUUCUAUCAUGGGCUCAGACAAAGAAACACUGGUUAAACCAAAUCCACUUCUGUUGCAUCUGUUAAAAUCUGCCGGUGCCCAGAAGGAUACCUUUACAAUGAAAGAGGUUAUUUACCAUCUUGGUCAGUACAUUAUGGCCAAGCAGUUGUAUGACGAGAAGCAACAGCAUAUUGUCCACUGCUCUAAUGAUCCUCUGGGAGAACUAUUUGGGGUACAGAACUUCUCUGUAAAAGAACCAAGGAGGUUGUAUGCAAUGAUUUCGAAAAAUCUAGUAACUGCUGAUUCACAAGAGUCCCUUGGGAGACAUAUUGUAUGGGAAAGACAAGUGUACUUCACAAACACAGAGAUCUCAGCAGGUGCCAUCUGUUGAGCUGCAAGAGCAGUUAGCCCCAACCACAUCUGCAUCAUGUUCAAAAAAAGGCAACAGUGACUCUGAAGAAAAUUCUUCAAAUGAUCAACCAGCAGAACAACAGAGAAAGCGCCAUAAGUCAGACAGUAUUUCAUUAACCUUUGAUGAAAGCCUUUCGUGGUGGGUGAUAAGUGGCUUACGGUGUGAUAGAAAUAACAGUGAUUCAACAGACACCUCUUCUAAUGCUGACCUUCAUACACAUCCAGAUGACUCUGAUUGGCUGGACCAAGAUUCUGACUCUGACCAGUUCAGCGUGGAAUUUGAAGUUGAGUCUGUAUAUUCGGAUGAUUACAGCCCGAGUGUAGAUGAACAGAGUCUUUCGGAUGAUGAUUUAGAUGAUGAGGUGUAUCAAGUAACCAUAUACCAAGCUGAGGAUAGUAAUGGGGAUUCUUUUGAAGAUGAUACUGAAAUUUCAGAAGCUGAUUAUUGGAAGUGUUCUGAGUGUAAUGAGAUGAAUCCUCCCAUCCCAAGAUACUGUCACAGGUGUUGGUCUCUUCGGAAGGGCUGGCUUCCUGAUGAGAACGAGAAAAAAACUAACUCCUUAAAGAGGAAAAAGAUGGAAGAUUCCCUGGAUGAUGAGGGCUUUGAUGUACCUGAUGGCAAAAAGGCGAAAUUGGCAGAUUCACAAGAAUCAAAUCAAGAAAAGAAGGAAGAUAAGGGCUUGCAAAGUUCAGAAUCCCAGGAGACAGAGGACUUUUCUCAGCCGUCCACAUCGGGUAGCAUGGCUUCAUGUAGUCAGGAGGAGCUCAGAGAGAAUGAACGGGAGCAGUCCUUUGAGGAAAGUUCAGAAAAGAGCCUGCCUUUGACGAGCAUAGAACCUUGUGUCAUUUGUCAGACAAGGCCAAAAAAUGGAUGCAUUGUCCAUGGCAGGACAGGGCACCUCAUGGCAUGUUUUAGCUGUGCAAAGAAACUGAAGAAAAGGAACAAGCCUUGUCCUGUCUGCAGACAGCCCAUCCAGAUGAUUGUAUUAACAUACUUCAGCUAA